ACUUGGACACAAAGGCUAACUAAAAAUGUCUGCAAUGUCGGAAGCUUCACUUCCUGUGAGUUGGAGAACGGAUUCGGCUUCUCAGGCGUCAGGGUAUUCCAGAUACUCCAGGAGUGGGGAAUCAUCGAACACGAGGAAAGCAAUGAAUGUUGCUUCUGCAAAGCACUCAGGAAUGCGACAUCCAUCUUGGCGAGAACCAAAACCAUUAAAGGCAGCAUCUCGUCCUGCGACUGCGCAAGAUGACGUCAAUGGACUUCCGCCUCGACGGAAACCCAUUCUCUCAAGGUCUAAUACUACAAUAGAAUCUCGAAGAGACAGAGAAGUGCAGGGCAUUGUUAAUCGAUUAACUGCUCCAACUUUAGCUGCCAAAAUGAAGACCAUUGAGUUCAAUAAACGGACGGCAUAUGUGGACAAUAAUUAUUAUUCAUGGUCAAACAUGGCGGUGUAUAAGGACCACCAAAAGAUGAUUUAUAAUGACGGUGGAGGCGUCAAACGACGGCCCACAAUAUCGUCAAGGCGGUAGCUGUAUCGCAAUAACCAAAUGAGGCCAAUCGGGUGUGAUCAAUCUAUAUUCAUAAAU